CUAAAACCUCUGUUCUCCCCUGACGCUCGCGAAUUCUAGGAGACCGAGAAGAGAAAAUGGUGUCUUCUCCGGUGGUAAACACCUAUCCACUCUCGAGCUACACAUUCGGGACGAAGGAGCCAAAGUUGGAGAAGGACACUUCUGUAGCUGAUCGCUUAGCUCGUAUGAAAGUCAACUAUGCGAAAGAAGGCAUGCGAACCAGUGUCGAAGCGAUUCUGCUGGUUCAGGAACAUAAUCAUCCACACGUCCUCCUCCUGCAAAUUGGAAACACAUUUUGCAAACUUCCUGGUGGUCGCUUGAAACCAGGGGAGAAUGAUAUUGAGGGUUUGAAAAGAAAACUUAAUAGCAAACUUGGUGCAACUCAACCUGGUCUUGAACCAGACUGGCAGAUAGGGGAGUGUGUGGCCAUGUGGUGGAGGCCUAAUUUUGAAACCAUAAUGUACCCUUACUGCCCUGCCCACAUUACGAAGCCUAAGGAAUGCAAGAAACUUUUUGUAGUUCACCUUUCUGAGAGGGAAUACUUUGCAGUGCCUAAAAACUUGAAGCUUCUAGCUGUUCCAUUGUUCGAGCUCUACGAUAAUAUUCAGCGAUAUGGGCCUGUUAUAUCUACAAUCCCACAGCAGUUGUCUAGGUAUCACUUCAACAUGAUCGAGAAGUAAAUUUGUAUGUUUUUUUAGAGUUAACUGCCAAACCAAAUCAAACUGGACUUGACAUUUGUGAUUUUAAUGUUUUAGAGCUCAACUUUCUAGUUUUCCUUGA